AUGGAUGGUGCUCAGAGGGUUUUGGUGAUCCAAGAUGCAUCAAGGGAAGUUAGUUCAAGUGCCAUCAAGUGGGCUUUGCAUGGCUUAUCUCUUAAGCCUGGAGAUAUGCUCACCCUUCUUGGUGUUCUUUACUUGAUCAAUAACCCUAAGGAACAUAAAAGCAGAGUAGAUAGUUCCAUGUUUGGAGCAAAUCAGAAAAUUGUUGACAGAGAAGUUUCCAGGAAGAUAAAUGAGUACGAAAACCAUGUAGAACUCAAGGAGCUAACCCAGCUGUAUGAAACGCACAAGGUUGAAUUGAAGAUAGAGGUGGCUACAGGACCUUUGCCAAAGGCAGUAGGUCUAAGAAUAGCUCAAGAUUUGAAGGCAACGUGGAUUAUACUUGACAGCCGUCUAACUUAUGAUCACAAAAUGAUUCCAGGAUCCCCAGAAGAGCAAGAACUUUUCAGCAUUGAAAUUCUCCCUACAAGUCACCCUUCGGUGCCUAUGGGUCAAACAGAAGUUAUUCAUGUAAGCCAGGGUGAAGGGCUAACACAGAGCAGCUGCACCGAGGAAGAGAUGGUGGAAGGUUGGCAACCUGAAGAAAUAUUUAAAAAUUCAAUAUGUACCAUUUGCAAGAACAGGAGACCAAAUAGUGGAUGGAUAAGGGACUUCACAUUUGAAGAACUUCAAGCUGCUACAGAUGGUUUUUCGGCAAAGAACACUAUAUAUGAAGGUGGAAUUGGUAUUGCUUGCAGAGGUAAGCUGAGAAAUUAUCUGAAAAUUGCUGUUAAGCAACACAAAUCUACAAGCCAUCCAGGAGAAGCGAAUUUCAAAUCAGCAGUUCAUCGGCUCAAGAAAGCUAGACAUGAGAAUCUUGGAGAUUUUGGCGUUUCAACUGAACAUCCAUCAGAUGAUGAAGAUUUUGAAACUGGACACAUAGCCCCAGAAUAUAAAGAAAAUCGGAAACUUUCGACAAGGACAGAUGUCUAUGCUUUUGGCAUUGUCCUACUGGAGCUGAUCACUGGUAGGGAUGCUGCAAAGAAGAAACCAGGGGGAAAAGGUCUUGUGGAAUGGGUAUGGCCAUUUCUGAAAGACAAGAGGCUUCUUGAAAUAAUUGACCCCAGAAUUGCCAACUCCCAUGAUUCUGAACAGCUUUACUGGAUCGGUCGAGUGACACAGAAAUGUCUCAGCAAAAAUCCUAAGAAACGAUUAACCAUGGAUAAGGUUGUAUCUGCACUAGAAUGCAUCGCAAAGAGAAAAUCAUGCCAAGUGAUUCAAGAUCUUGCUGCAGCCAAAUCUUAUUUCUACAGCAAAGUUGAGUGCAACGGGUCUCGAAGGUACGAGAAAUUAUUUAAACGAGACAGCUUCAGCAGAGAACAAGACAAUGAAAGCCGAAGGAGCAGAUCAUUUUCAUUUAAUUCAGCAAGUUUCAGUAGGAGUAGGAGCUCUACAAGUAGUGAAAUCAGUGAAAAAAUGUGGAGAGAAAGAUCAGGAAAUAGAAUACCUCUGCAUUAUGCAGAAAUGCUUGACUAA